AAACCAAUCUCACCUCCUCAGUCCUCACAACUAUUCCUACUCUCAACCCAAAAAUUAAAAAUUAAAAAGAAAUCUUCUUUUUUCUUUUUCAAUCUUCCCACCAAAAUUUCUACAUUUAAUUUCUUUAGAUGCAAGACUCUUCAUCUCCUCCUCUAGGAUCACAACGUAAUCUCCGGUCACCGGCGCCGGAGAGAACCGGAAAGAAUUCGAAGAGUAAAAAUGAGCAAAAGGGUGUUUCUAAGCAUCCAAAUUUUCGUGGGGUCAGAAUGAGACAAUGGGGAAAAUGGGUGUCCGAAAUCAGAGAGCCAAGAAAGAAAUCAAGAAUCUGGCUAGGCACUUUCUCUACGCCGGAGAUGGCGGCGCGUGCACACGACGUGGCGGCUUUAGCCAUUAAAGGCGGCUCUGCUCACCUCAACUUCCCGGAGCUCGCUUACCAUUUGCCGAGACCGGCAAGCGCCGACCCGAAAGACAUUCAAGCCGCAGCCGCAGCAGCCGCCGUGGAAUGGAAAGCACCGGAGUCUCCUUCGAGCACGGCGACGUCAUCGAUGACGUCAUCUCCACUCGCCGACGACGCUUUCUCCGAUCUUCCCGAUCUUUUGCUAGACGUGAAUGAUCAUCACAAAAUCGAUGGGUUCUGGGACUCGUUUCCGUGUGAAGAACCUUUCUUCUUGGAAAAUUAUAAGGAAAUCGGAAUUUGGAAGGAGGCGAAUUCCGGCCGGCGAACGAUUUCCCGGUAAAGAUGGGAGACGGUGUCGUUUUGUUGUUUUUUGUGGGGGAAAUUUCUUCUUUACGUGUGAUUGAGUUUCCAAAUGUGUGAUGUGUAAGUAAAGUACAGGUUAUUUUAUUUCGUUCUUUUUUGUUGUUUGUACAAAUACGAACGUAACAAAAGGUUCCAUUUAUUGCGUUGUUAUUUUUAAACCCCUGAACAUUUUGGGUAAAUUAG